AUGGACAGUGAAUACCCCACGUCAAGGUGCGUGUGCAUAACCCCGUCCCACCCGCCAUUCGCCGUGCACCGCCUACGCCCACAAUCACCACGCGAGGGAGUUUUCAGAAGCUCUCCCCCACUACGGAGCAUUGUAUACACAAAUACCACCCAAUUCCAACGUGCAUAUCCACAAUGUCGCAAGCCGGAGACGGAGCGCCCCAGGGCCAGACUGCGCGCGCUGCAAACCCGCCUCACUUCCGAACUCGAACACCUGACGACCUCGCACACGAAGCUGCGCGCAGCUCAGGCCAAGUUCCGGGACUGUGUGCGCUCGAUCACGGAUGGUGUGACUGGUAACGAGAAGAAGGGGACUGAUGGUCGUGAUGAGAUCUUGGUCCCCUUGACCAGCUCGCUAUAUGUGAAGGGACGCUUGACGGAUCGCGAGAAGGUGCUGGUGGACGUUGGAACUGGCUUCUACGUUGAGAAGACGACUGCGAAGGCGGAGGAGUUCUACAACGCCAAGGUGAAGGACUUGGAGACAAACCUGGGCGAGUUGGAGAAGAUUGUACAGACUAAGAGCACGCAAUUGCGCGUCGUGGAAGAAAGUAAGUUGAUACCGACAUGUAGCUUUGAUGGCCAUGUGCAGGGUUCGUGGGCUAACUCUUGUCUAGCAUUGAGGCAGAAGAUGCUCGCCGGGGAGGGCGCUCCCCCCCAGGCGGCGACUGCAGGCUAA